AUGCAAGCUUACUACGCUUUACCCUCCCCGACGCGAUCAGCAACAGCUCGGCGUCGCUCGUCCUCCGCGGCUUCGGCUUCACCGCUUCCGACUCAUCGGAAUCCGCUUAGCCCCCUGACGGUCGACCCGGCGUACUCCACCAUCAUCACCGACUCUCCCCAAUCCACAUCCACCUCGCACGUCUUCCCACCUACCGGCAUCCCUCCAUCCACAUAUCCCUCUCCAUAUCUCCCUCGUACGCCUCAAGGACAACGUCCACAUGGCAUCGAGGACAGCCUAUCACAAGUCGACGAGAGCGGAGCGGAAGAACGUGACUUUCCGACCGUGUCGCAGAGCUCUAGGGCGCCGUUGUUGGCGGUGAAGGAGAAGGACUUUGCGGAGGAUCAGACGGACGAUGUGAAUCAAUCCAGAGCGACCAGGAAUGUCGGUCAUGGGCGGGCAGCAGCGGAAAGAAGAGACGACUCGGAUAGCGCUGCGUCGCACAUCUUUGUCGACCCUCCAGAUGACCCUCGUCAACGGACUUCAUCAGCUGGACCCUCCCGGACGUCAGGCGCUCCGCCAUCUCCGACCAUGGUACAGCCAACGAAACAGAGGCCCGUCGAUCCAAGCUACCUACCCCGUCCAGGACCGGCGGACGCCUACAUCUCCCAAUUCCUCACUCCGAUUACUGGGCCGUUCGGGACUCAGCCACCCAGUCCUGAGCCGGGGGACGCACCACUACCGUCCUUGCUCCGCCCUCCUAUCCCCUUACGGGCGGCCUCCGCUCCUGGCGUCCCGCUCUCGGCCCUAGCGGCAUCAUCACCCAUAUCUCCCCCACAAGCGGAGCCGGAACCAGCGGAAGGCGCACAGCCGCUCUUCCGGAUCUUCUCGGCUCAGCUGGACGUCACCGCGGAGGAGAUGGUCAGGCGACUGAAGGCACACCUGGGGGAGGUUCUGAAGGUGCAAGAGGAGGUGGGGAGCAUGCACUUGAAGUUGGAGGGACUGGGUACACAGACAGGACCAGGGGGAGGCAGGGAUGUGGAUGUGAAUGCGAGCGUCGAGAUGCGCAAAAAGGAGGAUCGCGAUAGGAGUGGAGAGGGAGAGGGACCAGAUGGGCCGGAGGUAGGAGGGAUGGUGGAUUCGAGGGAGAAGGGCGUGGAAGAGAUCAUGGAGAGACUGAGCAGCCUCUCGGAAACGCUUCGGCUAUAUCACCACCUCGGCACUCCUAAACUGUCCUUCCCACCGACCUCCAAACCCUCUUCCGCAUAUCCCACUUCCCUCGCCUCGUCGCCCCUCACGCCUGCUCCUCCACCCAUCGCGACAUCCUCUCCCAGUUCGUCAAUCUCCCGCAAUCCCGCUCGGCGCGGUCCACAGAGCCCGACGAGGCUCAACACCAAAGUUCCUACCACUUUAGUCCGCGGAGACGUGAGAUCAGCGACUCUUGGUUUUGAGCCUCUGCGGUCGCCUACCUCGCCAAUACAUUCGCAGUCCAAGGCUCAGCUGCGGCAUGCUCCAAAAGUGCAUUCGAACCUGGAUCAGGUGACUACAGCGGACGAGGGUGAGGAGGACAGUGAGCAGGGAGAGAGGUCUAGGAGUAUUGGUGGAAAUGGGAACGAGAGGGGGCUGAUGAGGGCACCGGAUAGGAAGCCGGGGGACGUGUGGCUGGAAGGGAAGAAGCGGGAUAUUGGGGAUGGAGAGGGGUUCACGUCCAGUCCGAUGGGGAUGAGGGAUCCGACGCGUCCCUGGUAG